AGUUAAAUUUAAUUUAUUAAAUUAUAUUUAAUAUAACAUAAAUUUAUAUAUUAUGCCCCACUUUAAGUUAUUUUCUGGAUCGUCCCUGAGCGUAACUACUUACUAUUUUAUUUUAUUUAUUGGCAGCAGUAUUGCAAUUUAAACAUAGAAAAGAAAAAGAUAAUUAGGCAGGCGUCCUGUCCUAUAGAGGAGACCUCAUACUAUAAUAUCCCUCGCUAUUAAAUAGAUGGGCCGGGCCAUAGAGUUUUCUCAUCUACAUUUGGUGGCAGCUAAGCAGGCUUUAUUACAGGAACACGUGGCGGACGAAUAUUCAAUGAUCCCUUUGACUUAUUCAAAAAAUUUCAAACUUGGAAAAAAAAGAGUCGUUGUCCUCUGACGAGUCUCUCAACUUAUUAAUUUAAUUAUAAUUUUCUUCGUUAAAAUCUCCAGACACGCUUUGAUCUCUUCUUCAUCUCGAAAAAAAUUAGAAUCUGGUUUUUUUUUUAUCUUUGUGUCAAUCUUGAUUCGAAAAUGGCCUCUGAAACUGAGUCAGCGACAGAAAACAACAUAAAAGGAGUACUGGUUCAUGGAGGAAGAUAUUUUCAGUACAAUGUCUAUGGCAACAUGUUUGAAGUCUCCAACAAGUAUGUUCCUCCUAUCCGACCAAUCGGUAGAGGAGCUUACGGCUUUGUCUGUGCUGCAGUAGAUUCGGAGACACACGAAGAGAUUGCAAUCAAGAAGAUAGGUAAAGCCUUUGACAACAAAGUAGAUGCUAAGCGAACGCUGAGAGAGAUUAAGCUACUUCGUCAUUUAGAACAUGAGAACGUUGUCAUCAUAAAAGACAUCAUCAGACCUCCAAAGAAGGAGACAUUCACAGAUGUUUAUAUAGUUUAUGAGUUAAUGGAUACCGAUCUCCAUCAGAUUAUUCGUUCAGACCAGCCCUUGACUGAUGAUCAUUGCCAGUACUUCUUGUAUCAGAUUCUGCGCGGACUCAAAUACAUACAUUCAGCAAAUGUAUUGCAUCGCGACCUUAAGCCGAGUAACUUGCUUCUUAACGCAAACUGCGACCUUAAGAUUGCAGACUUCGGUUUGGCAAGGACGACAUCUGAGACAGAUCUCAUGACCGAGUAUGUUGUAACAAGAUGGUACCGAGCACCAGAGCUGCUUCUUAAUAGUUCUGAGUACACAUCUGCCAUUGAUGUCUGGUCUGUUGGUUGCAUAUUUGCUGAGAUCAUGACAAGGGAACCUCUAUUCCCUGGGAAAGACUAUGUCCACCAGCUUAAGCUUAUAACCGAGUUGAUAGGAUCACCUGAUGGAACGAGCCUAGAGUUUCUCAGAAGCGAGAAUGCGAGAAAGUAUGUCAAAGAACUACCGAAGUUCCCGAGGCAGAGCUUUGCAGCUAGGUUUCCUAGUAUGAGUUCUAUAGCUAUCGACCUGCUGGAGAAAAUGCUAGUGUUUGAUCCUGAAAAACGCAUCACUGUUGAGGAAGCAUUGUGUCAUCCUUUCUUGUCAGCACUUCACGACCUUAACGACGAGCCUGUUUGUUCCAACCAUUUCAGUUUCGAUUUUGAGAACCCGUCUUCCACUGAAGAAGAGAUUAAGGAGCUCGUGUGGCUAGAAUCAGUGAAGUUCAAUCCUCAUCCGACCAAUUAAGAAAGUUGCAUCUUAUAGCAUUUGAACUUCUGCUUUAUCUUUGUUGUUUAAGCCUUUUCACUGGUCAACAAAAAACUAUAUAUCUUGUAACACAAGAAAAUUAUGUGUAACGAUCUUCCUUGUAACCCAAGAUUUGUUUUUUUUUUUUGCUGUUCCACAUUCAUUCAACAGUCAACUCCGGUCUGAUAAAGCGGGAAAAAUAGCGACUGGUUUGUGUCAAGUGCUCAUACUGUUUUGUGAGUGAUCAUUUCAACAUUUUCUUGGGUUUUUUUUGUCCUGUGAUUUUAGAUAAAAGUAAGUAAACAGACGUUAAAUCAAAGUUUAUUUGGAACCCCAGUGGGUCCUCCUUUGAUAUUUCUAAGUAGGACCUACUACUGGCGUAGAAAAAGAAUGCUAUUGGCAUAAGGGAAUUACGGACAGAGGCUUUAAAUUUAAAGCAUUGAUAUGUACCAAGAGAAACGAGGUGAUGUGGAUAACGAUGAAGAAGAAUAUUAAAGGGUCAUGAUUUUGAGGAUGACUUUUUUGUAGGGUCAAUGAACAUUUGGAGAUUUUAAUUGCGCAUGCGAUAAUUGAAGGGUAAAAGUGUCUGUUACAAACAAUAGGUUCUCAACCCCCUUCUCUCGUGUCUUCAAUGUCGCCGUCGGAGCAGUCCGUCUGGUGUUAGUCGUUUGUUGUUGUCUCUUUUUUUUUACUCAACCCUUCUCUUCCUUUUGUGUGCCUCUCGGUGGUUUCUGAUGGCCUGUUGUGCUAUUAUUUACUGCUGUUAAGGCUUUUUGUUGAUAGAUUUGUGAUUUCUUCUCAGAUUUAUUUCCAAGCCCUCUGUAGAUCUGGAUGUUUUGGUGUUGCAGGUUUGUUUAGUUUUCAGAUCUGCUUGUCUAGGCUCAGAUCCGGCCGGAGAGAAUGUCCACGACGGUAGUGAGUUGUGUGGUUAUGUCUUCUCUGCUCAUGCUUCGAUGUCUCAGCAAGAAGAACUCUUAAGCUCCGUUUCUGUCGUCCUCCGUCAUCUGUGUGUACCUUCGGCCGAGGGUUUCAAUCUAGUUUCGAGUUUGUCUUAGUUGGUGCUUGAUUCAGCAACGGUGUAGCAUUUCGCGGUGAUGUGUGGUGAGCAAGUGCGGGUUAUGGUCCUUAAGAAGUAGGUGGUUUCAGACCACCUAUUCGUCUCUUAGGUUUGUGGAGCCCGUCUUCCGCCUUGUCAUUUAGUGUUUAUCCUGGUCUUCCUUUGGUCUCUGUUUUCCUCGUGGCUUCGUCUGGUUGAGGCAAUAUAAAGAGGUUGAGGCGUGGAGGCUUACGGUUUAAGGUGUGGUUGAGUAUGGUGCUCUUGCAGAUGUUGUUACAUCCUGGUUUUAUUUGUUGAGUUCAUGGCAGUGGUUUGGUGGUUUUCAUCGUGAACAGGUGGUUCAGAUGAGGUUUAUGCUCUUCAUGAAGAAGUCAUCCGCGUUGCUUGCUCUCUUGCGUCGUUCGUUGCAAAAACCCCGGCUAGUCUUAGCGCAUUUAAGUCAUUGUUCUUUUAUCUUUAAAUGGUUGUUUCUGGGUUUCUUUAAAGGAGAGUAGGUGUUUAGUUUCGGAUGUUGGUUAGUAGCCCUUGUGUUUGGGUUAUAGAUUCCCGAUUUCGGGAUUAGUUUCCGGGGAUAUCUUUGUAUUCCGCCGGCUUUAGUAUCUCAACCUUGUAUCGUUCUCGUGUUAUCAAUGAAAUUUAGAUGGAAAAAAAA